AUUGGAUGGUGGUGCCGGGUAUGCAGGUGCAGUGAUUACACCUCAUUACGAUUCGUUGUUAGUCAAGUGUACGUGUUGGGGGAAAACUCAUGAAAUUGCUAGGCGUAAGAUAUUGCGAGCUUUGGUUGAGUUUAGAAUCAGAGGUGUCAAAACAAAUAUCCCUUUCUUGCAACGACUAUUAACUCACCCCAUAUUCAUGGAGGGAAAAACAUGGACAACCUUUAUCGAUGCUACACCUGACCUCUUUAAAUUAGUCGGUAGUAAGAAUAGAGCCCAAAAAAUAUUAAAAUAUUUAGGUGAUGUGAUUGUUAAUGGAAGUAGUAUUAAAGGACAAAUGGGUGAACCGGCCUAUAAGAAACCACUUCUUCUACCAUCAAUUCGAUCAUUGGCAGGACCAGAACCAGUUGAUGUGAACCAUUCACCAGAUUAUGGAUGGAGGCACAUAUUAUUAGAACAAGGUCCCGAAGCAUUUGCUAAGGCUGUUCGUGAUUAUCAGGGUGUUUUGAUUAUGGAUACAACAUGGAGAGAUGCUCAUCAAAAUCUUUUGAGUAUAGCACCUCAUACUGCACAUGCACUUGCUAAUGCUUACUCACUUGAAAUGUGGGGCGGAGCAACAUUUGAUGUUGCCAUGCGAUUCUUAUAUGAAGAUCCUUGGGAUCGUUUAGCAAAAUUACGUGAAAUUGUUCCAAAUAUUCCAUUCCAAAUGUUAUUACGUGGUGCUAAUGCAGUAGGCUACACAUCAUACCCAGACAAUAUAAUUUAUGAAUUUUGUCAAAAGGCAAAAGACUAUGGAAUGGAUAUAUUUCGUAUUUUUGAUUCGUUAAAUUACAUUGAGAAUAUGCGACUUGGCAUAGAUGCUGUCAAGAAAGCUGGUGGAGUUAUAGAAGCAGCAAUUUGUUAUACAGGAGAUGUUGCUAACCCUAAUAAAACCAAAUAUGAUUUGAAUUAUUAUCUUGAUUUUACAGAACAGUUGGUCAAAGAAGGAAUACAUAUACUUGCUAUAAAAGAUAUGGCUGGAUUGUUGAAACCUGAGGCGGCCAAAAUAUUAGUUGGAGCCAUAAGAAAUAAAUGGCCUAAUCUUCCUAUUCAUGUCCAUACUCAUGACACUGCUGGAACUGGCGUUGCUAGCAUGUUAGCUGCAGCAGCUGCUGGUGCUGAUGUUAUUGAUUUGGCCAUUGAUAGCAUGUCAGGAGUUACAUCACAACCAUCAAUGGGAGCUGUAGUGUCAGCGCUUGAAAAUACAAACCUUGGUACAGGGAUUAGAUUAGAAGAUGUGCAUGCAUUGAAUGAAUAUUGGGAACAAGCACGUAAACUAUAUAGUUGUUUUGAUGCAGGAGUGUUAUCGGCAGAUUCUUCAGUUUACGAGCAUGAAAUGCCAGGUGGACAAUAUACAAAUUUGAUGUUUCAAGCAUCACAACUCGGACUUGGACAAUUGUGGAAAGAAAUUAAAAUUGCAUAUACAGAAGCUAAUAAAUUAUGUGGUGAUAUAGUCAAGGUCACACCAAGUUCAAAAGUUGUAGGAGAUCUUGCACAGUUUAUGGUUUCUAAUAAAUUAAGAUAUCCUGAUGUUAUUGAGAAUGCAAAAACAUUAUCAUUUCCAGUUUCAGUAGUUGAAUUCUUUCAAGGGUAUCUCGGUCAACCAUAUGGAGGAUUUCCUGAACCACUUCGUAGUGAUAUAAUUCGUGAAAUGUCAAGAAUUGAAGGCAGGCCAGGUGCUUCAUUACCACCAAUGGAUUUAGUUGCAUUGAAAAGCGAAUUGGUUAGAAAAUACGGCAAUUCAAUUCGAGAAGUGGAUGUAUUAUCAGCAGCCAUAUAUCCAAAAGUGUUUUCCGAGUAUCGAGAACAACUUGAAAAAUAUGGGGAUAUUUCAGUGAUCCCGACUAGAUAUUUUGUUUGCAAGCCGGAUAUUGGUGAAGAGCUUAGUAUACAUUUGGAGGAAGGUGUAACAUUGAUUAUAAAAUAUUUGGCAGUUGGGCCACUUAGUCAGAAUACCGGGAGACGAGAAGUUUUCUUUGAAUUGAAUGGUGAGGCUAGAGCUGUUGGUAUUGAGGAUACAAGUGCUGCUGUUGAACACGUUCAAAGAGAAAGGGCAAAUCCUGGUAAUCCCGGAGAAGUAGGAGCACCAAUGUCAGGUGUAGUAGUUGAAAUUAGAGCUAAAGUUGGAGCAGAUAUUAAAAUAGGAGAUCCAAUAAGUGUUUUAUCGGCUAUGAAAAUGGAAACGAUAGUUACAUCACCUGUUUCUGGUAAAGUUGAAUAUAUUGCAGUUAAAGAAAAUGAUUCAUUGAAUGCAGGUGAUUUAGUUGUUAGAAUUGUAAAGAGUGAAGUAAAUGAAUGA